GGCAUCUCAAUCCUCAAAACCUCGCUGUCACGAGACUUCACAACUCACAAAUCAAAAACCAGGGAAAAGGGACGAAAAUCUGUUUAUUUACAACCAUCUUCAGCGAAUAGGUAAAUAAGGAAGGAAACAACAUUUGUAUCGGAACGGAUGCCCUGAAGGAGAAGGAGAGGCAGCAUGGAAGCUGAUGUUUUGAUCCAAACAACAAUAUCCAAAAUCCAUUUGAGCAGUUCUAUCAGCUUUGAGUUAUUUCUCUCCAUCAACCCUACCCAUUAGUGGGUUUAAUCAGUGAUGAUAGGUAGAACAAUUCAGGAAGCAUCCCGGGAUGGAUAACUGAAGAUUUGAAGGGUUGACUUGACUUUUGAUAGAUUAAGAUUUUUCCUGGUUUUCUGAUUGUGUGCAAUUUUUGGUUUUUUUUUUGUAGUUUCUUUACUUUCUUCACACCACCUUCAUGGCUUGGGGAAGUUUCAGAAAGGGUCAAUAUAUUGCGGGACAGGGGUAUUGUUUCUCUCUAUUGUAUAUUAUUUUGUCUCUACUGGUUACAACUGCGACUGCGAAAGUGGUGUUGAUUGGGAACAAUGUAACUCUGUCGUUCGAUGACCAGGAAGCCAAUUUUGCUCCGACGGUUAAAGAAUCAGGGGAGUUUGGGAGCUUGUAUGUGGCUGAGCCCCUUAAUGCUUGCUUGCCAUUGACUAAUAAAGUCGAUAAAGGCAAAGGUGCAAAUGCUUCAUUCGUGUUGAUUAUUAGAGGUGGAUGUACCUUUGAGGAAAAAGUUAGAAUCGCACAAAAUGCGGGGUUCAAAGCAGCAGUUAUCUACAACAAUGAAGAUAGUGGUGGUUUGAUUGCAAUGGAAGGAAGUUCUGCAGGUAUCAAAAUACAUGCUGUGUUUAUCUCCAAAGCGUCAGGUGAAGCACUUAAAAAGUAUGCUGGCCUUCCCAACAUGGAGCUCUGGAUUCUCACCACCUUUGAAAAUUCAGCAUGGUCAAUCAUGGUUGUCUCUUUUGUCUCUCUUCUAUCUAUGUCAAUUGUGCUGGCAACUUGUUUCUUCGUUCGUAGACGUUAUGUUAGACGAGAAUGGACUCAGGCUCGUCGUGUUCGAGAGUUCCAUGGCAUGAGCAGUCGUCUAGUGAAAGCUAUGCCUAGCCUGAUAUUCACGUCAGUUUUAGAAGAUAACUGUACUUCCAUGACAUGUGCCAUAUGCCUUGAGGACUAUAGUGCUGGAGAGAAGCUCAGAAUACUACCAUGCCGUCACAAGUUCCAUGCUGCUUGUGUAGAUUCUUGGCUCACUACAUGGCGGACAUUUUGCCCUGUUUGCAAGCGUGAUGCUAGGUCAAGCACUGGUGAGCCUCCAGCAUCAGAGUGCACACCAUUACUUUCAUCCAGGGCAUCAUCCUCUGUGGGAUUGUCAUCUGCCAGAUCAUCAUAUGCCUCAUCAUCAGCCAUACAAAUAGCUCCAGCAUCAUCGAGGUCCCCAUCAGUAUCUCAUGUUCACUCCUUUGCUGGCACUUCUGUACCUCAGUCUUUCAGGUCCUACGGCAAUUCAUCUGCCCUCACCCCAAGCAGAAGCUCUAUGGAUCUUAGGAAUGCAUCUUCCCAAAGAUCUCGUACAUCCUACCUAGUCUCGCCGCACUCCAUGGCCUACCCUUCAGUUUCUCCUCUUAGCUCAAGAUUUAUAUCCCCUUACGUUCCGAGUCCUACCAAUGCCUCACCAAGUUAUCUUGGGUCAUCCAGUCGGCAGCCUAAUAUGCUACAUUGUAGCGAGUCAGCAGCAAGUUUCUCUCCAUUUGCCUCUGCUCAUUCUCUUCCGAGUUGUUGAUGCAAAGCCUCAACACAAAAUGGAGAAUUUGAGUUUAUUUGAAGAUUAUUUAUGAGCAGAUCUUGCUGAUGUGUAAAGAAGAGUGUGCAGUGCAUGUUGCCCCAAUCCUUUCACCCUCUAAUCAAUACAUGUAUAUUUCUUUUGGGUGUGAUCAGUUGAUGGCUCAUGGGAGGUCUCAUGUUCAAGUGAUGAUUGGUACUCUUCUGAUGCAGAACAGGUGUACAUUGUUAUUUAAGAUUGCAUUAUUUUUCUGGUACCCUGCGGGUUUUCUUGUCCUGAGCUAUACUUCCUAGUGGCACUAUGGUUUUCAGUUUUGACCAUCUGCUUCUUUUUUUUCUCUCACAUUGACUCUCUCAAUUUAUCCCUAAACUGAUAAGAGUUAUCUGCUUUGAGGGGAUUUGUCAGUUGGAAUAUGUAGUUCUUUGGAAUAUCUAUGAAAGAUGAGGUUUCUUGAAGCGUCAUGGAGUUUCAGUAGUCUGUCCACA